GAUGGCUGGCAUAAUGGAUGAUAAAGUUGAUCCAAAGCUCUUUGUCACUUGUCGUCUCUGUCUUCAAGAUUUAGGACAGUAUCAGAUAGUACCCAAAGUCCAGCAACAAAUUAAAUACUGCUUCAAUAUAGAUGUAGACCCGUUUGAUGGACUUCCACAACUUAUAUGUGUGAAAUGUAAAGGCAUCCUAAACAACUUCUAUGAAAUAAAGACGUUGUUCAGUGAAAAGCAAGCAGACUUGAGAAAUAGGGUGACAAGAAAAGAAUUAAGUUCGGAAACAUAUCUUCAACACCAACAAGACACUGUCAGUUCUAGCCAACAAGCUUCUGAUGACACAGAUACACUAAAAAAGAAACACUCUAAGAAAAGAGUGCUGAAUUCAUCUUCAUCUGAUGAUAGUGAGUUAGAAUCAUCAUACACUGCAUUGACAAGGAUAAAAAGAAAAUCCUCAAAGUCAGUUCCUAGAAGUGUAGCACCAUGGGAGUUACCUUACAAGAAAUCUAUGUCAUGUCAUUUGUGUACUUCUGUGUGGCUUAAUAAAAACUCAUAUACCAAUCAUAUGCGAUCGCACAGUCACCUGGUGAAAAAGUAUAAAAAUAUACUGAAAAGACAAUGUAAAAUAAAUUUGGUCAAAAUUGAUGGCAAACCCAAUUUAACUGGUUUAGCAGAUAUGGUGGUACACAAUGAAAGUAAAAUAGUUGCUCCUGGGAACUCAUACUUUUGUACCAUUUAUUCAAAAGAAAAUCCUAGCUGCUCCUCUGGUGAACACAUUGUCCAACAAAAAUAUGAAGAUGGGGGUUCAUGUUCAGAUGAUGAAGACAUUGUAUGCAAACCAACCAAAAGAAAAAAGAGGUUUAUAUCUAGAAGUUCCAAUGAAACUGUUGUAAUAGCAAGCAAUAGUAAUAAGAUUUUAUCAGAUUUAGAAGAAGACUCUAGUACUCAAUUUAAUAAUCAUGAUACACCCCUAAUACAUAACAGUCAAUGCAUAAACAUUGAUGAUUCAUCCGACAGUGAAUUGCCCAAUGAAGAAAAUACACAAAAAGUUAAACAACCAAUAGUAGCUCGGGAAAGUGAUUUUCAAACAAUUCAAGAUAUGAUAUCAGCAUGUGUUAGUUCCUAUACUAGCAAGAAAAACGAAUCAUCUGAGAUAGAUUCUAAAAUAAAUAAGAAAAAAGGGAAAAAGAAAGAUGGUGCAUGUCAUAUUGCUCUACUCAACCAUAAAGUUUUAAGCAUUGGAAGGAAAAUUGUUUCUAAACAAGGUAUCAAUUGUAUUAGAAUAUUAAGAUACUUAGAGUAUAAGGAUCUUGACAUAGUUUGGUUACCCAACAAUGCAAGUACACACUACAUUCAUAUUUCAAUGACAAAAUCAGAUGCACUUGCAAAUGAUAAAGAAAGUAUGUGGAAAAGUAUACCUGAGACAGUAAUGUUACCUGAAUCACUUCCUGCUAAAGUCCCUAUUGCAUCCUUGCCAGCCACACUAUACCUCGAUAAUAAAUCGAGUAAUUUAGAUUCAAAGAAAAUUUUAAAUGCCCAUCCUGUUGCAAACCCUAAACAAUUGCCAAGGAAAUUGGGACCAGCUUCUGAAUCUAGAGCACAGCUUUCUAGAACGUUUGAAGAACCAGCAUUCUGCAUGCCUAUCAUUGCAUCGACAACUUCAUUAGCAGAAGUAUCUACUGAUCAACAGAACCAGGAAGCUAAUGGAAAAACUAGCGCUACAUCUGGAGUCUCUGUAGAGAUGACCACGUUGGCUCCAAGAAUUAAAGUAAAGCCAGUAUCUGAACUAAUGUCACAAGAAACUUUGGACAGUCUUAAGCAAAAACAAAAUAUGCCUGCUACUAAUAGUAUCAUGUUGACAAACCAGAUUGAUAAUGUUUGGGUGCAAAACAAGCCAGCCAAUGUGUUUCUUCCAAAUGUGUUGGUACAGCCGCAAGUAGACAGCCCGAACAUGCAAGUAAUCCAAAUGCCGAUCCUAACUUUAGAUUCUACAAAUUCAGUAACUGUCAGUGAAGAUGAUAGCCUAGAUUAUGUAAUACUGGACACGGCUGAUCUUCCAAAUACAAAAACAAAAUCGCCAAUGUCAUAUCUGAAAAGUCUCUUGCAAAUUCACAAUAUAGUAUUAUUAAAUACAGAAGAAGCAAUAACAAAAGAUUUUAUUACGCUCAUUAAAUUUAAAGCAUUAUUCAAGCAAAAUAAGACUACACCUAUAUUGCUUUGCCUAUCUUUAUACUGUUGUAAGAAUACCUUUUCUAUACAGGUUAGAGAUAGAUAUCAACUAGCUAUUGACAUGUUUCAAAUGUCUGCUAACUGGCAAUGGGAAAUCCUUCAAGUGUAUUGUGGUGAAGUUACUGUGAAAGCAUUAGAGAGUGCUCGAAAACAUGGCCAAGAAGUGUAUGACUAUACAAAUCAUUUUUAUUGCUUACUCAAAUCCAUCAAUUAUCGCAAAGCUUGA